ACCCGUCUCCUCCGAAGUUUCUCUCUUUAUUCAGUCUUCCCAAAACCUAACCCUGCCCAGUUCUCUCAAAUCUCCGACCAAAAAAUGGACGAAGGCGAGGGCGGCGGCGGCGGUCUCCGACUAGGAAAGAAGAACUCCGACAAGGGCGUCGCCGGAUCCGGCGAGGUCGAUUACAGGACGAAGUCGGGUACAGCGUGGAGCCACUCGUUUCUGAACCAGAAGCCAUGGCAUCCUCUCUCUUACCCUAACCAGCGUCGCAAGUGGAUCGCCGAGCAGACUCACGCGAACCGAGAGCGCCGUGCUGAGGAAGUCGCCCGCGAGUUUGCACAGGAGCAGGAGUUUUUUCGUCAAACUGCACUUUUCUCCAAGAAGGAGAAGGAGAAGGUGGAGAUGAUGAAAGCUGUGAGUUUUAUGUAUGUUCGUCCACCUGGAUAUAAUGCAGAAAGUGCGAAGGCUGCUGAAGUUGAAGAUGAAAGGAAGAACACUGAUCAAGAUAAUGCUGCUCAAGAUCCUUCAUCUACUGCUCCAGUGACUGAUGCCAAACUUGAUAAGAAUCACUCCGAGAGAGACAAGAAAGCCAGACCGAAAGAUGUUUUUGGCCGGCCUUUGCCCACAGAAGAAGAAUUUGGAGUACUGAAAAAUGCCCCAAGGUUGGAAACGGGUAUGCCUGCAAGGGUAAAGCCAUUUGGAAUUGAAAUCCGUAAUGUAAGAUGUGUAAGAUGCGGAACUUUUGGUCACCAAAGUGGUGAUCGUGAAUGUCCUUUGAAAGAUGUAAUAAUGCCGAAUGAGGAGAGUCGAUUGAAGAGGGAUGACCCACUAACGGCUAUAAUAGCACAAACAGAUCCCAAUGAGCCUUUAAAGUGGGAACUUAAGCAGAAACCAGGGUUGAGCCCUCCCCGUGGAGGAUUCCAGGCUGAUGAUCCCAAUCAGCAGAUCGUCGCAGAAGAAAUAUUCGAUGAAUAUGGAGGAUUUCUUAGUGGUGAUAUUCCUGAGCUUCUCACGAACUUCUCCGCCAAAAAGCCCAAGAAGCAUUCCAAGCAUAAAAGGAAGCAUAAACACCACUCAUCAUCAGGAACUCAUAUUGCAUCCAAGCAUAGUCAUGAAAACCGGUUGCUGUCAUCUUCAUUUUCAGAAGAUGAUAGAAAGAGGGCAAAGAGCAAGCAUGAGACAACGAAGAGAUACCAGUCAGAAUCAAGGAUAUCUGAUGGCUCUGAUUCAGAGCAUCACAGACAUCCGCCAUCUUCAGACUCUGAAGAUAGCAGAGAAAUAGAGAGGAGGGAAGAAAGAAAGCACAAGACAAAAAAGAGACACCGUUCAGGAUUGAGGAAAUAUGAUAGUUCUGAUUCAGAGCGUUACAGAAGGCGAUCAUCUUCAGACUCUGACGAUGAUCGAGGUAGAGAGAGGAAGGCAAAGAGCAAGCACAAGACGAAGAAGAGAUACCGUUCAGAAUCACAGAGGUCUGAUGGUUUUGAUUUAGAGCAUCAUAGAAAUCGAUCAUUAUCUCCAGACUCUGAAGAUGAUAGAGAAAGAAAGAGGAGAGCAAAAAGCAAACACAAGACAAAGAAGAGGUACCAUUCAGAAUCAAGGAGAUCUGAUGGUUCUGACUCAGAGCAUCAAUUAAAACGAUCAUCAUCAUCUGAUUCUGAAGAUGGUAGAUAUAGGAGGAGGAGCACAAGGACCGAGCUCAAGCAUAUGAAGAGAUACGAUGACAGUUCUGAUUUAGAACGCCACGGAAAUCGAUCUUCUUCCCAAUUCGAAAGCUGA